AUGGACACCCUACCUCUUGAGCUCAAGCAACGUGUCUGCAGCUACCUGACACCCAAAGAUCUGAAGUCACUGAGACUGGCGUCGAAGGCCUACGCAUCCGCCGCUUGCCGCUAUUUCUUACCGCGUAUCUUCCUGCACAACCAUCCCAACAGCUUUGAGGAGAUACAGGACAUCACCGACCAUCCUGAUUUGAAGCACUCAAAUCGCAUGUUCAACAGUAUCGCUCUUGCUUUCCAGAGAUGCCCGAGGCUAAAGCACCUCGUAGUUGAAUCUGGUGGCAGGUCUCUGGUUGAGUCUGGGAUGUCCAAGAGUAUGCUUCGCCUCUAUAAGGACGAUUUUCCUUCUUCCGCUACGCACACUCAGACCCAUAUCUGGCCUUAUUGGGAUCACAUGACAUUUAAUAUCUGGAAUUUGCUCAAACCCAUUCGCGAUGCUAACGGAGCAUUGCAUUCUCUCGUGCUGCUUGACUCACAACUCGUGUGUCACCCGGAUCGUGCCUUUCCGGCUACAUCAAUCUUCGAAAGUUUGAAGCACCUCCGUGAGAGCGAUUCUCCUGUGAACUUCCUGACAUCUCUGGUGGCCUCCGCACCAAAUCUGGAAAGUUUCGGGACCAUAGGACUUCACGGUCGCCAGCGUGCUUCUCCGUUGUCUUCUCUGACAGAUGGACCUCCUCUUACGAAGCUUCGAGCCUGCAGUCUGAGCCACCUGGUCGAUGAAGAUCAUAUAGUUCGCUUUUUGCUACGUCAAUCGAACACCCUGCAAAGACUCAGGAUGCACGAUAGUAUUUACUACGGUCGAACAAAUUGGAGUUCAUUAGCUGCGCAAUUGAAGGGCAAGCUGCGUAAUCUGAGGCGUAUUGAGUUCAGUUUCCUCGAGAUGGGCCCCAGUACAUAUGAUGCCAGUACACAAUCAUGGCGCUGGAAUUACAUGAAAGAGCAAGACAUACUGCAGAACCAUGAGCACGAGCUGGAGACGGGUCCAAUGGAGACUGAGGAGGGUCUCUGGGAAGACUAUGAGAAGAGAUUCUUCCCCAAGAAGUUCGAGUCGUAG